AUGCCGGGCCACGGGGAUUUGGACAGGCAAAUAGAGCAAUUGAUGGAGUGCAAGCCGCUGUCAGAGGUGGAGGUGAAAACUCUGUAUGAUCAGGCGCGGGCGAUUCUGGUGGAGGAAUGGAAUGUGCAGCCGAUGAAAUGCCCCGUUACUGUCUGCGGUGACAAUCAUGGCCAGUUCUAUGAUCUGAUCGAGCUAUUCAGAAUAGGCGGCAACGCUCCUGACACCAAUUACCUCUUCAUGGGAGACUAUGUCGGCGAGUUUUUCCUUGAAUUAUUGGGCGAAAAAGAGGUUUCUUGUUUUGUGUUUGUAGUAUACUCUCGACCUGGAUGCUGGAGUUAUCUAUUUGGAAUUGAUAGAGGUUUCUUAUUCAACACUAUACUGUGA